AUGGCUCGCGGCGAAGCUCAACAGACCAAGAUCCACUACAAGGGCAAGACGGAGGACUUUGUCAUCUUCGUCGACGACGCAAAGGUCGUUGAGAACUACAAGACCGACAAGACCAUCCCCUUGGCCCAGGUCGUCAGCUCUUUCAAGGUCUUCAUUACUCACAAACACGGCAAACAAGGCCCCCUCGAUAGCGCAUCCAAACAGAUCCUCGACACCGAGUUCGGCACCGACAAGGAGGAGGAAGUCAUCAAGCUGAUCAUCGAGCAGGGUACCCUCCAAGAGACCGAGGGCCCCGACCGCUCAGCCCCCAAGAAUGACAGCAUGGGUUCCCGCGCCGGCCACUAA